GUGCCUAAAAAAAAACAAGUGCUUGACCCAUCAACGAGAAGCGGAGAUUCGUCAGUCAACAACUACGACGCCAUCUUAUUACUUUAAGGUAGAGAGAGACGGAGACAGAUAGACAAGGUUGUCAUCAUAGCUGGGAAUUAUGAGCGGAGCUAAAGCCCGCGUCGACCCGCCUGUUGCUGCUGAGAAUGUCUCGAGCGCCGGGCACAGUACUGCGACUCCUGCGCGGGAGCGCAAGCCAAGUGGAGGGGUUCUGAAGAGACUCAAGUCUCGGCGAAGCCAGGUUGAUAGUAGGCCCGUCACAGAAGACCAUCUGCGGACACAAGUUGGCCACAUCACUCCUGAAGAGGUCCUAGGAUUGCGGGUUGCUACACGGGGGUACCUGUGUAAACCAGAGGACAACAUCUUCAACAUAGAUUUCAUUCGCUUUAAAAUCAGAGACCUGGAGACAGAGACUGUGUUGUUUGAAAUUGCCAAACCACCUCAUACGGAGGAAGACGAGGAGAAUGGAGAGGGAGACAUGAGUGCAGGACGUUUCGUAUGCUACCAGUUCACAGCAGCAUUCCUACAACUGAGGACAGUGGGAGCCACAGUGGAGUUUACAGUUGGCACCCGGCCUCUGAACAGCUUCAGGAUGAUUGAGAGGCACUACUUCAGGGAUCACCUCCUGAAGAGCUUUGACUUUGACUUCGGCUUCUGUAUCCCAAACAGCCGCAAUACUUGCGAACACAUCUACGAGUUCCCUCAGCUGCCCGAGAGCUUGGUUUGUCAGAUGGUGGAACAUCCCUAUGAAACGAGGUCAGACAGCUUCUACUUUGUUGACAACAGACUGGUCAUGCACAACAAGGCAGACUAUGCUUAUAACGGGGGCAGGCAUUGAAUGUGUGUGUGUGUGUGUGUGUGUGUGUGUGUGUGUGUGUGUGUGUGUGUGUGUGUGUGUGUGUGUGUGUGUGUGUGUGUGUGUGUGUGUGUGUGUGUGUGUGUGUGUGUGUGUGUGUGUGUGUGUGUGUGUGUGUGUGCCCAAGCCUAUACUCACACCAGCAGACUCUCCCCCAAAUGUUGAUUACUGUAAGUUAAAACGCCUUUAUUGUCAUGGUAUAGCUGUAUAGUAUGGAAAAGUUUAAAAACAGCAGGAUAGAGCCACAUAGACUACUGGCAGUAGUAUGGCAAAACUCUGCCAAUAGUGCUUUCUCUGUACCACCAAAAGGAAGCAGGUUGAACCCCAAUGAUGUGUCUCAACUAACCAAAUGGUUGAUUUUAGUGUGUAGUUGGACAGUUGAUGUACUGUGCACUCCUUGGCUUUUAAGGGAAAGCAUAUUCCCCACUUUUGUUGAACCAUGAGAAGCACUAGUUUCCCACCAAAUGCAGCUUUUUAGGAGUGAGUCAUACCCGUAAAAGACCCAACAAUGACCACACACACAGGCAGACAAACAAUCUUUCUCUCUUUCUUUCCCUAUUUCUAUUUCUCUCUAUCGUAACCUGCUGUGCUCAGGCCCACACUUCAGUCUGGAAAUAUAAUUAAGAUGGGAAUGGGGAAGACAUCCACGCACUCACACACUCACACACUCACUGUCAAAUACACAUGUUGUGGGGGUGCUUUCCUGCAGGAGGGACUGGUGCACAUCACAAAAUAGAUGGCAUCAUGAGGGAGGAAAAUUAUGUGGAUAUAUUGAUGCAAAAUCUUGAAGACAUUAGUCAGUAAGUUAAAGCUUGGUCACAAAUGGGUCUUCCAAAUGGACAAUGACCCCAAGUGUAUUUCCAAUGUUGUGGCAAAAUGGCUUAAGGACUACAAAGUCAAUGUAUUGGAGUGGCCAUCACAAAGCCCUGACCUCAAUCCCAUAGAAAAUUUGUGGGCAGAACUGAAAAGGCGUGUGCAAGCAAGGAGGCCUACAAACCCGACUGAGUUACACCAGUUUUGCCAGGAGGAUUGGGCCAAAAUUAUCCCAACUUAUUGUGGAAGCUUAUGGAAGGUUACCCAAAACAUUUGACCCAAGUUAAACAACUUAAAGGCAAUGCUACCAACUACUAAUUGAGUGUAUGUGAACU